GCGGCAUUCCCGGCUGCCGUUAUCCAACCGGGGGCAGCGGGACGGCGCGGAUGCUGCACCGGGAGCCGCGGGGCCGCCGGAGCCGAAGGCUCCCGCUCGCAUCCUCCUCUUCCUCGGGUGGUUUUCCCUCCCUCCUCCUCCUCCCCCCCGCCCUGCAUUUCCUCCUGCACCUUUAAGAAGCCCAUUGCCGCCGGUGGGAUGGUGUGUGCUAAAGCUGCACAGAGGAAGUUACGCAGCCGGGAUCAGGCACGGAGAUAAAAGCUCCGAUUGUGAUUGAAAGUGAGAGCAAAAGGGAUUUCAGCCUCGGCAUUAACUUGCGAGGGGAGCCGGGAUUGCACAAAGCUCCCCCGGCCAUCUGCCCUUGGGGGCCGGCGGCGCAGCGCCUGCCCGCCGCGCUGGGCUGGGCUUAGCUGGGCUGGGCUGGGGGGGUGUGUUUGGGGUUCCCCCCGGCCCCGAAGUUGCUCCGCCGGGAGCCCCGCACCGCAGAGCUCCCUCCCGGUGCCACCUGCUGAUGAGCUGUUCCUUUGCCCUGACCAUGAAAGGGAGAGGAGACCUCAGGUAGCCACAUGGAUUGCAGCUGAAGGCUUUGGGAACUUGGUGCUCGGUUGCCAAAAGGCAGAGUUGGACAAAUCCUCGCCUGCGAGUGCCUCACCACCACCACAGGACACGGCAGGAGCAGCAGAGACCAGCACUGCUCCUGUCAACCCAGUGACCACCCAGCAUCCUGCUGGGACCACCACGGAUCUUGACACCUGACCUGUUCAUGUUGACGCAACCAUCCUUUGGGAAAAGGGAAUUUUAGCUCCAAAGGGUCUCUCUUGUCAGAGCUGUACUGAUGACCAGAUGCUCUAUUCAUUUUAUAUGUUAAUGUUCAAACUCCCUAGUAAUUAAGGCAGACACAGUUUAAGGCACUUCCCCAGCGACGCAUUUGCAGCAGACAAGAAGGUUGAGGAAAACCUGAUCCAGCACCAUCUCACGGCCUCUCCAAUUUGCUCCUAUCAAAUUUCAUCAGCGACUCAGAACUUGAUCUUUCUAUUGAUUGACUGGAGUCACCUCUAGAUAUUUUCAUGCUGAUUUGGAAGACCUUUCGUACAAUAAAAGGGGGGAAAAAUGAGGUUAAGGAAGACUUUUGACCACUGAUCAGCAACUCUGGCCAAAACUUUCCCAAUCAAGUGAAUUGCAAAGUUGGCUUCUGUGCCGAGAGGAACUUUCCACAUCCAGACACAGCGGGCAGAGUGGGAUCAUCCCUGUUACCGUCUGGGUCUCCUUCGACUGGAUCAUUUUUAGAUGAGGAGUUUCCAUGCUGAUCCCGAGAGCAACCCCUAGCCCAGUCGCUGCCUUCCUCGGGACUCUCGGCACUGCCCUCGCCCAGGGACCCCGCGCUUGGCCGCAGCUGCCAUGCUCCACCUGGUUGCUCUCCUCUUGCACUGUGUCCCCUUGGCCAUGGGACAGUAUGACAUUUGCAAGUCCUGGGUGACCACGGACGAUGGCCCCUCAUGGGAGUUUUAUGCUUGCCAGCCCAAGGCCAUGCGGAUGAAGGAUUAUGUGACGGUCCGGGUGGAUCCGGCAGGAAUCACUUGUGGGGACCCGCCCGAGAGGUUCUGCACCCAUGAGAACCCGUACCUGUGCAGCGAUGAGUGCGACGCCUCCAACCCGGACCUGGCCCACCCGCCCAGACUCAUGUUUGACAGCGAGGACGAGGGGCUGGCCACGUACUGGCAGAGCGUGACGUGGCGCCGGUACCCGGAGCCGCUGCUGGCCAACAUCACCCUGUCCUGGAACAAGAGCAUCGAGCUGACGGACGACAUCGUGAUCACCUUCGAGUACGGGCGCCCCACCAUCAUGAUGCUGGAGAAGUCGCUGGACAACGGGAGGACUUGGCACCCGUACCAGUAUUACGCAGACGACUGCAUGGAGGCCUUCAGCAUGCCAGCACGGAGGGUCCGAGACCUCUCCACCACCAGUGCCAACAGGGUCCUCUGCACGGAGGAGUAUUCCCGCUGGGCGGGCUCCAAGAAAGAGAAGACCGUCCGGUUCGAGGUCAGGGACCGCUUUGCCAUCUUUGCUGGCCCCGACCUCAAGAACAUGGACAACUUGUACACCCGGCUGGAGAGCGCCAAAGGGCUCAAGGACUUCUUUACCGUGACUGACCUGCGGAUGAGGCUGCUGAGACCCGCCCUGGGGGGCACCUACGUGCAGAGGGAGAACUUGUACAAGUACUUCUAUGCCGUCUCCAACAUUGAAGUCACCGGCAGGUGUAAAUGCAACCUCCACGCUAACCUGUGCACCUUCAAAGAGGGCAGCCUGCAGUGCGAGUGUGAGCACAACACCACGGGGCAGGACUGCGGCAAGUGCAAGAAGAACUUUCGCUCCCGGUCUUGGCGAGCAGGAUCCUACCUGCCUCUCCCUAACGGGUCCCCCAAUGCAUGUGCAGCUGCAGGCUCAGCCUUUGGCAACUGUGAGUGCUACGGGCACUCCAACCGCUGCAGCUACAUCGACUUUCUGAACGUGGUGACCUGCGUGAGCUGCAAGCACAACACGCGGGGGCAGCACUGCCAGCACUGCCGCCUGGGCUUCUACCGCAACAGCUCGGCCGAGCUGGACGACGAGAAUGUCUGCAUAGAAUGUAACUGCAACCAGAUCGGCUCCAUGCACGACCGCUGCAACGAGACCGGCUACUGUGAAUGCAGGGAAGGCGCCACGGGGCCCAAGUGCGACGACUGCCUGCCCAACUACUACUGGAGACAGGGCUGCUUCCCCAACGUCUGUGACGACGAGCUCCUGCUCUGCCAGAACGGCGGCACCUGCUACCAGAACCAGCGCUGCAUCUGCCCCGUGGGCUUCAAGGGGGUGCUGUGCCAGCAGUCCAGGUGUGAAGUGGACAAGAAGGACUGUGACGGUGCCCCCAGUGUGGGCGGCAGCCUCGGCACCAUCGCCCUGGGGGUGCUGGCCCUGCAGCUGCGCGCCUGGGGGGACCUCUGACCCCACAGGGCAGGGGGCCCAGCCCAGGCACGUCGCCCGAGGGACCCGGGGAGCCCAAGGUAACGGGUGGCUCUCCCCACCGUCUCCUCCGCCUUCCUUCACGCCAGGACUUGCACAACUUUGGGCCCACUUUCCCAGCAGAGGUACCCGCAGAGAACCUGGGGUGGCUCCUGCCCAGCCGGGGUGGCCCAGCCCAGAGCCGGCUGCGGAGCGUGGGGACUGCACCAGCCUGUGCCAGGGGCGUGGGCACGUCCUUCCCUCUGCACAGGGACUCUCCUUCCCUGCCCCACACAGGGCAAGCCGGGGCCGGGGCCGCCAGGGCCCUGCUGAAAUAGUGCCGCGAUCCAAGGGAGAUUUUUUUUAUUCUUACUUUCUUUACUUUGGUAUAGGCUGGGGUGUUCUUUUUAUUUUUCCUCCUCUUAGUGUCCUGUUUCGGAAGAGCCUGUCAUGACAACUCCGGAGCCCCACGACACAACAGGCAGGGGAAGGGGAGGGAGGGAAGGGGGGACUCUGGUCCAUCCCUGCUGCAUAGACCCACAUCCCACCAUUGGCCUGGCCUGGCCACGCACAUACUGUUGCCUACAACUCUAGUUGCUGCAUUGAUUUUGUAUUUUCAUUGCUGGGUUUUCUUUUCUUGCACUUAUGGAGGACACAAGGGGCCAUGAGGCCCGUGGUACGUGAGGAGUGCAGUGUCUUAUCCACACAUGUCCGAAUAGUGUACGGUUCAAAUACUUUUUUUGGUAGAGACUUAUUUUUGUUUGGAUUAAAUGUUAUAACAGAACCACAACUUAAAGGGACAUUUUGCCAUGAGCAUUUGAUUCUGGUGUAUUCUCCUCCAGUAAAGCAACUAUUAAUGGCUGCUUGAUCACCACGUUUUCCUUUUUGUGUGCACAGUUAAUUACAGGUAAAGACUUAUUUUUUGAUUCAUAA